AUGAAAUACUAUUUCGUACGAAACACAAAUCCUGUAUAUUCAAUUAAUAGCAGUUUGCGCCCUAAAUUUAGACUUGACAGUAAAGAAAUAAUAGCUUCUUACGCGUAUUGUGUCUUUCUCUUUCUUUCACCAACUGAUUGGAUUCUUAGGGACCGGAUAAAGUUAUCCAAUGCCGGCAAAAAGGUCACGGUUUGUGGUCUGGUGGAAUCAAAACAUCGUCUGCCACCAGGAAACAUUGUCCUCCUAAAAUUUAGCGAUUGUCAAUGGCGAUCCCACAUCUGCUGUUGCUAUUUCAAUAAAGAAAUAAUGUCCCUGGAUCAUAUUGCAACUUUAACACAACAGCUGUUCUUAACGGAAGACGAAGUCUUCACCAUUGUCAAAUUAUAUCUGCCUGACGGUAACUUGACUUCUAACCAUUUAUGUGAAUGGAUGGCCAAAUACGGUGCAUGGAGUCCGGCUAAACGAAACAGCAAUGUGCAGCAGUUCCACUCAAAUGUAAAACCAACAAUUUCAAGCAUUUGUACUAUUGGAUAUACUCGAAAAAGCAAUACUAAAAACCCAAUGACUGCCAAAAUAAAAUCUGCUGAUCUUCAGAUAUACAAACUAAAAAAGAAAAAUUUCUUGGGACGUAGCAGUGAUUCUCAGACUAUGCUUAGCUUCAUCACAAAAGCAAAUCGAAAAGUACGAUUGGCUGUCAUCAAUUUUGCUGGUCUUUCUACCAACGUGGAUGAUUUUCGACAUUUUAUCAAAACCAACAAGUCUAUUAUAGAAGUCUUUGUGGAUGAAGGCUACAAGGUUAAUGUAUAUAUCUGUCAUGAACUGAUUCACCGAGAUGAUAUAAUUAGCAGAUUCAACUGUCGGCACGGCCCCGUAAAGAGAUCCCAAAAUACCUAA